UCGUAUUUGAUUAUGCCUGUCGCAUGAAAAACGUGAUAACGUGAAAUUCUACAUCUGUUGAAUUUUACUUAUUUGAUAUUAAUGCUUUGUUUGCUUUCUGUGUAUGCGAAUUUUUAAGUUAUAAUCGGUUUUAAGUAGUUUGAAAAUGAGCGUUGACGCAUAUGGUCCCAGUUCGCAAACCCUUACGUUUUUGGACACGGAGGAAGGAGAUUUGUUAGGUGCUGAUACUCAAGGAUCGGAUUUUGAUUUUACAGAUUUUACUUUACCGUCACAGAGCCAAACUCAAGCUUCUCAACUCGAUCAUGGACAGAGUUCGAUUCAGCUUAAUGGAAUUGGCCUCAAGUCAGACAUUUCAAAAAUAUCCACGACUACCCAAGCGCUAGCUGAUCUACAGUUUGAGGAAGACGAAGAUGAAUUAUAUGGAAAUCGUGAAUUGCCAUACCAUGCUUGUAAAUAUUGUGGAAUUCAUGAGCCCAGUACGGUAGUUAUGUGCAAUGUAUGUAAAAAGUGGUUUUGUAAUGGAAGAGGAAACACAUCAGGCUCGCAUAUCAUAAACCAUUUGGUCAGAGCUAAACAUAAAGAAGUAACAUUACAUUCAGAUGGGCCACUCGGUGAAACUGUCUUGGAAUGUUACUCGUGUGGGGUUAGAAACGUUUUUGUUCUUGGUUUCAUACCAGCAAAGGCAGACUCUGUAGUUGUUUUAUUAUGUCGCCAGCCAUGUGCAUCACAAUCAUCUUUAAAAGAUAUGAACUGGGAUCAAGAUCAAUGGCAACCACUAAUUUCAGAUAGAAGUUUUUUGUCAUGGCUUGUAAAAGUCCCAUCAGAACAAGAGCAAUUGCGAGCAAGACAGACUUCUGCUCAACAAAUCAAUAAAUUGGAAGAACUUUGGAAGGACAAUGUAGAAGCUACUUUUCAAGAUCUUGAAAAACCUGGUGUAGAUGAAGAGCCUGCACAGGUGUUGCUUCGUUAUGAAGAUGGUUAUCAAUAUCAAAAUAUUUUUGGACCCUUGGUUAAGCUAGAAGCAGAUUAUGACAAACGACUGAAAGAAUCACAGACCCAAGCUGACAUUGAAGUCCGAUGGGAUGUUGGACUGAAUAAAAAAAUCAUUGCAUAUUUUACUUUGGCAAAAACAGAUAGCGAUAUGAAGUUGAUGCAUGGAGAUGAACUGCGCCUCAGAUAUGUAGGUGAACUUCAUAAGCCAUGGGCUGGUGUUGGACAUGUUAUUAAAGUUCCUGAUAAUUUUGGAGAUGACAUAGGUUUAGAGCUUAAAGGAAAUUCAGGAGCACCUACAGAAUGUAAUUCUAACUUUGUAGUUGAUUUCAUUUGGAAAAGUACAUCGUUUGAUAGAAUGCAAAUGGCUUUGAGGAAGUUUGCAGUUGAUGAUUCUUCUGUGUCAGGUUACAUUUAUCAUCGUCUUCUUGGCCAUGAAGUUGAAGAAGUAUUAUUUCGAUGCCAAUUACCUAAACAUUUUAGUGCACCAAAUUUACCACAUUUAAAUAGAUCACAAGUCUAUGCUGUGAAGCAUGCCAUUCAGCGGCCUUUAUCACUCAUUCAAGGUCCGCCUGGUACAGGAAAAACUGUAACAAGUGCUACUAUUGUUUAUCAAUUAGUUAAACAACAUGGUGUUCCAGUUCUGGUUUGUGCACCAAGUAAUACAGCUGUUGAUCAAUUGACCGAAAAAAUUCAUAAAUCCAGCUUAAAAGUUGUUAGAUUAUGUGCAAAAUCCAGAGAGGCUAUAGAUUCUCCAGUAAGCUUUUUAGCUUUGCACAAUCAAAUUAGAAAUAUGGACACCAAUACAGAGUUAAAGAAAUUGCAGCAAUUGAAAGAUGAAACUGGUGAAUUGAGUUCAGCAGAUGAGAAACGAUAUAGGAUGUUGAAAAAAUCUUCAGAAAAAGAAUUGUUAGAAGCAGCAGAUGUAAUUUGUUGUACAUGUGUUGGUGCCGGGGAUCCUAGAUUAGCGAGAUUAAAAUUUCAUUCUAUAUUAAUAGAUGAAAGUAUGCAGUCCACAGAACCUGAGUGUAUGGUGCCUGUGGUUUUAGGGGCAAAGCAAUUAAUUCUUGUUGGAGAUCAUUGCCAGUUAGGCCCUGUUGUCAUGUGCAAGAAGGCUGCAAAAGCAGGCUUAUCCCAAAGUUUAUUUGAAAGAUUAGUAGUCUUGGGAAUAAAACCUUUUCGCCUAGAAGUGCAAUAUAGAAUGCAUCCUGAGUUAUCUCGCUUUCCAUCUAAUUUCUUUUAUGAAGGCAGUCUGCAGAAUGGUGUUUGUGCAGAUGAAAGAAAAUUAAUCAAAAUAGAUUUUCCCUGGCCUUGUCCUGAUAAGCCGAUGUUCUUUCUUGUGACACAAGGCCAAGAAGAAAUUGCAGGAUCAGGAACAUCAUAUUUAAAUAGAACAGAGGCUGCAAAUGUUGAAAAAAUUACGACCAGAUUUUUAAAAUCUGGUGUCAAGCCAGAACAAAUAGGAGUUAUAACACCUUAUGAAGGACAGAGAGCUUAUUUAGUACAAUAUAUGCAAUAUCAAGGAAGUCUACAUUCAAAAUUAUAUCAAGAAAUAGAAGUAGCGAGUGUGGAUGCUUUUCAGGGGCGUGAGAAAGAUAUAAUCAUUAUGUCAUGUGUUAGAUCAAAUGAACAUCAAGGUAUUGGCUUUUUAAAUGAUCCAAGAAGACUAAAUGUUGCUCUCACUAGGGCAAAAUAUGGAAUAAUUAUUGUUGGAAAUCCAAAAGUAUUAUCAAAGCAACCAUUGUGGAAUCAUCUGUUAACAUUUUAUAAAGAACAGAAAGUUCUAGUUGAAGGUUCCUUGAACAAUUUGAAGGAAAGCAUGAUUCAAUUUACAAAACCAAAGAAAUUAGUCAAUUCAAUGAAUCCUGGAUCUCAUUUUAUGUCAACAUGUAUGUAUGAUGCACGGGAAGCAAUGGUUCCGGGAUCAGUGUAUGAUCGCACUGGACAAAUGAAUCAAAUGUAUCCUCCAAGACCUAACGGUUUGGAUAUGUUUGCAAGGACACAUGACACAGUCAGCUACAUAUCCCAAGAAAGAGCGCAAGCAGCCCUCACAAAUAUGCCUGUUCCUGUGGGCAUGUUUAUGAAUAUGAGUCAUGUUCCUCCCAGAUUUUAUAAUCAACAUCAGCAAGCAAUGCAAGCCAGGCAAGGCCGAAGAAUCAAGCCAAACAAGGGUCGCCCUCGUGUUUCAUCUCAAGAAGGAACGCAACCCACACCACUGACUCAGGGCAUGAGUCAGAAUAUGAGCCAGCCCGGUUUUAGUUUGAGCCAAGCAGGAUUCUCACAGCCUGAUCUAUCACAAGAAUCAUAUAUGGUGGAGUAUCAAUCACAGAUGGAUGGUUUGUUGUCCCAGGAAUCAUCUUUUCCAAAUGAUCGUUCAGGGAAUUCUAAAGGACUUGGCUAUAAUUCUAAUCAGUUUUCGCAGCCGUAUUGAAAUACAUGUUCUUGGUGCUCAUAUGCAAAUCAAUAAAGUCGCGGGAGCGAUUAGUGGACAUUUGAGAGAAUAUCAAAUUCAAUAUCAUUAAAUUGAGAGUAAUACCAAAUGAGAAAAUACUAACUUUCUAACAUACACAGAGCUUAAUAAAGAUCCUACAGUUAGGCCCGAUGCUAACUGUAAAUCUGCAAAAAAAUUCUCUGUAAUAUGAAUUAGAAGUAUGUGUGUUGAUCAAAGUGAUGCUACAUAACCAAAGUAGUGUAAAACUAUUAGAGGGGAGAGAGCGAUCUAAUUUCAAUAUUGGUUGAUGCGCUUUGCAAAUACUUGGAAUAUGUCCAACUUACAUUUCCACAAACAAAACAUUUAAGGGAUAAUAACCACAUUUGUUUCUUAUUUAUGAAAUAUUUUUGCUUUGAACCAUUAUUACAAUAAUUUUAAGAUAAAUUUGAAUCAUCGUUAAUUGUUUAUUCAUACAUUGGAAAAAUUGAA